AUGAUUACUCCAUAUUUCACGAUUAACCAAGAUGAUGAAUUUGUUUAUAUUGACAUCAAAAUCACACAUAUCCGGUUCAGCGCACCUAACAUUGAAAUGAUAGUUGAGAAUGAAUUAUUUAUAUUUUCAUUACCACCAUAUUAUUUAAGACUAAGAUUCCCAUACCCCUGUAUUGAUGAUGAAAGAGCUCAUUCCGAAUAUGAUUCGAAAUCUGAAAGUGUUAAAAUAAAAAUACCUAAGGCAAAUAAGGGUCAAUUUUUUCCCGAUUUGGAUUUGACUGCAAAACUAUUGGCAAGAAGUGGAAACGAUGAGAUACGGUCAGCUGAGCCUAAGAAACCAUUAAUUGAAGAGUUAGAUGUCAAUAAUGAUGAUAUAAUAAACAGGCAAGCAGAGAGAGAUUUAAAUGAAGGAGAAACCUUUAAUUGGGAGGUUGAACAGGAUUUACCUAAAAACCCAAUUUUGGGACUGAAUGAUCAGGACGACAAUAAUUUAAAACCGAAAUUGAAAUACGGUUUUGAUAAUCAGUACGAAGGGAUUGUAGGAGUGAGUGUUUCCAAUGGUAAUGAUAUCAAUGGUCUUAACAAUCCUGAACAAACACCAGAGAAUGAUAGAAUAAUUGAAAGAUUGAUAAAGGAAAAUAUUCAAUUCGAUCCAGAAAUAUAUGCGGCUGAUUAUAUAAUGGAAAAAUAUCCUACUCCUGAUGAUGAUAAAAGUUUUAAAGAAAUAAUUGAAUGGAAUAAUCCCGAAAUUUUGAAGUUUUUGAAAUGGUAUAAAUCUCAACAACAUUUGGAAGAAAAAGAUCGUCAGUCCAUUAUGCCUGUUGAAUUCACUAAAAAGGAGCAAGAACAAAUGAUUAAUUUACCAAGAAAAUCAUACUUGGUUGACGAAACGUACAAACCACAGAUUUUAGCAACAGUAAUAAGUUUACUAUUCGCAUAUCAUUUUGAUUUGAGGGAAACAGAAGGAGAACACAAUGUUGAGAGUGCUUGGACUAUAGGCAAAAUAACUCCUCAAUUCUCGUACUUGGAUUCUAAAUUAUCUUUAAAUGCAAAUGACAAUUUAUUAAGAUCAGCUGUCAUUACUUGUAUUAGAAGGGCUUUAACUUUUCCACUUCAUAGAAGUUAUAAAUUGUGUGAAAAAGUAUGGAAUGAUGUUUAUUUCAGCCUAAGAGGUGGGAAAAGAUUGAUUUUACAAUUUUUAUUGGAUUUGAAAGAAUUAUUUAGGUAUCAUGACAUUUACUACGUGUACGACAAAAUAUGGAUUGAAGAUUUGUGCUCGUACUUAAUUAGCGACAACGUGACAGAGUCGAUAAUAAGAUCAAUCGCACAUGAUUUAAAGAAGGUUCUAGACGAAUUGAAAAAGUCUGAUAUUACGUUUGAAAAAGUGGAUGAAGAGGAGAUUCAGAUAGAUCGAGAAGGUAAGAAAGAGCAAGAGGAGCAAGAAGAUGAAAUGAUAGUCUUAAGUUUAGAGGAUAUCGAGGAGAUGGCCGAAACCCUGUAUAGGGAUUAUCAAAGUCAAAAGUAG